AUGAGCAUGGAGAGUGCCCACCCCCAAUGUGCCGCUUGGGGAGGGUUCUGCCCGCUCAGUACUGGAGGGGAGAAGCGUAUCAGCGACCCGAACUCGACUAUUUCGGACGUAGAAGAGAACAACGCACCCGAAGCCCCUGAGGAGGUCGAAGUUUCUGCCGAUGCCUCCAAAGGCCAGAUGUCCGUUCUGGACGCCCUCAAGGGUGUCUUGAAGCUUGCGCUCAUGCACGAUGGUCUUGCCCGUGGUCUCCGUGAAGCAUCCAAGGCUCUCGACAGACGCCAAGCACACAUGUGUGUCCUCAACGAGUCCUGCGAAGAGGAGGCCUACAAGAAGCUAGUCAUUGCUCUCUGCUCCGAACACAAGAUCCCUCUUAUCAAGGUUCCUGAUGGCAAGCAACUAGGCGAAUGGGCUGGCCUCUGUGUUCUGGACCGAGAAGGCAAUGCGCGCAAGGUGGUCAACUGCUCUUGCGUGGUAGUUAAGGACUGGGGUGAGGAAUCCAGCGAGCGAUCUAUCCUCCUUAACUACUUCCAGACCGAGCAGUAA